AUGGAGUCCGCCGCCCUCUCCCAACUCAAAACCCUUCUAGCCGCCGCCCCAGCCCUCCGCACUCAACUCAGCAACACCGAGCGCCUCCAACUCAGCGGUUUAGCCGAAGCGCUCAGGAACGAGUUGGAAAGACCGGACGAAGCCAUAUUCCGGGUGACGUUCAACGAAGUACGUCGUAUAAGUCAUGCACGCUUCCUACGCCAUCUAGCAGCAAACGGCACGAUCCGCGAAGUCGAGCAUGAUACCUACGCAAGCACUCGCCUCUCAGCUUCUUUGCGACAAAAGUCGUUCAAAGAUGCUAUUCACUUCAUGUUCGACGACUUCUACAACGUAGGCUGGCGCGUCCCCUCAUUCCUCGACUCAAUCUCUCACUGCAAUCCAUCCGAUAUCAACAACGGCCCAUUCCAACACGCCCAUGGCUUCUCUAACAAGUCUCUUUACACGUAUUUCGACGAAGACGCGGCAAUGGGAGAGCGCUUCGGCGGAAUGAUUCAGAUGUACAACGCUGGUAAACCUUUCUAUUGGGAAGAUGGGUACUAUCCAUUCAAAGAGCGAUUGGUGGUCGGUGGACCCGUGUCUGACGAGGAGGUACUACUUGUUGACAUCGGAGGCGGCGAUGCGGGUGAUUUAGGCCUGUUGAGGAAAGCGCUUGGAGGAGAUAUCAAGGGUCGACUUGUGCUGCAGGAGUUAAAGCAUAUUGUUGAUAAGAGCGAGCAAGAUGGGUUUGAAGCACAUGUGGGAGACUGGAAUGAGGUUCAGCCUAUUCAAGGUGCGAGAGCCUAUAUGCUCCAACAUAUUCUCCAUGACUUCAGUAGCGAUGACGCAUGCCGCCGUAUCCUGAGCAAUAUCGUCCCCGUUAUGAAGCCUGGCUACUCCAGACUCCUCAUCAAAGAGCUUCUAAUACCCGAUCGAAACGCACCAUGGGCAUUUACGGCCAUGGAUGUCAACGUCAUGCAAUCGCUUUCCGGACAAGAGCGAACUGAGUCGCAGUUUCGCGAAUUGCUUGAGUCGGUGGGACUGAAGAUCGAAGGUAUUUGGAGUCAUGAGAACGCGUUGGACGUUGUUAUUGAAGCCUCACUGCUCUAG